UUUUGAGCCUAACAGUUAGAUACACGUUUCCGUCCUUCCACUUCUCUUUCUCCUUAGCUACGCUUUCUUUCUGGGUCCUUUGAAGAAAACUCUUUUCAUCUCUCUGUGAAUGGACUACGAUUUCAGGACCAGGUCCGGUCAAUCAUACGACGCACAGCUCCCGAUGUACCGGACAGCCACAUCAUCAGCAUCAUCGGCGCCGUCCAGCCACCCGAUGUACAGACCGUCGCUCUAUCCGCGGGUGGGUCAACCCGGCCCCGACGUGGCCCCUUACGCACCAAAUCGGCCCUCUCCCCACCACCACCACCAGACCUCCACUACCACCUCCGCCUCUUCUUCAGGAUUGGGAAUUAGGGUUACGAUAAAGCCGCAGUAUCGGAUCACUCCUCCGCCUCAAUUGUCACCACAAUUAGGAGAUAUUCCCCGGAGCAAUUUCCAAUUUGACUUUGAAGUUGAGAGAAAAAUUUUGGCUGAAGCAGAGAAGGACAACCAAAAUUGGAGCAGGCUUGGGCUGGAAAACCUUCCAUCUAGAACUAUGGGGUCGGCAUCUCCAACGUGUUUAUACCGUAAAUUGCAGGGUCCUGUUGCAGAUCCUGUGGUGAGCAAAUAUAUUUCUUCGGGACUCAGCCGAGAAGCUGUUCCUCUUGCAGUUGCAAAUUAUGGAGACAAUCCAACCAAGGUUCGAGAAUUUGUCAAUGGCUACACACUUCUAAGAGAAAUGGGAUUUUCAUCGAACAGCGUUGCUGAAGCCUUAGUCAUGUAUGAAAACGACACGGACAAGGCACUAGCUCAUUUCCUUAACAGUCCAUCAUGAGAAUUCUGGAAAUGUCUUACCGUUUGUACUAUGGUGAAUAUUAAAGUGGUGAUUUCAUACGAACAGUUGUGUUUUUGUUUUAGAAAUUAGAACUCUGGCUUUAAAACAUCACGGUGUUUUGUACGAUGUCAAAAGAUAGCGCAAUUGGGUGCAUUUUUAUUUCCUUGUAGUAGGUUAUAUGUUGUAUCUAUCUUUUCGUACAACAGAAUUCCUUUAUAUAUUUCGUAAAUAAAUUUAUCAUGUUUUGCCUAA